AUGGGGCGCUGACUAAGAACCAUGAGAAGAGUCUUCAGCUGGAAGGACUGGAACAAAUGGCUCCAUGUGGGAUGUUACUGGGAAGAUCUGAAGGGCAUAUUUCCCAGAAUCCUGAGCAGGGAGAGACCUGUAAGAGUCAGCAUAGCCCACAAAGGCAGCAGGAAAACCAUCCAGAGAAGGCACAGGGUAAAUCCAAUCAUAGGAGCAGAGGGGUGAAAAGAAACACAGCAACUGUUCAACAGGAAAUCCCCCAUCAACAAGCUCCCUGUGCUUACCGUGACUGUCCAACUCUUAUUGACCAUCAAAGAACCUACACAGGAGAGAAGCCCUUCAAAUGCUCCGACUGUGGGAAAUGCUUCAGUCAGAGCUCAGACCUAAUUAAACAUCACCGAAUCCACACAGGAGAGAAACCCUACAGCUGUUCUGACUGUGGGAAAAGCUUCAGUGAGAGGUCAUACCUUGUUAGACACAGGAAAAUCCACACAGUGGAGAAGCCCUUCCAUUGCUCUGACUGUGGGAAAAGCUUCAGUAGGACCACAUAUCUUGUUAGACAUAGGAGAAUCCACACAGGAAAGAAACCCUUUUACUGCUCUAACUGUGGGAAAAGCUUCAGGAGGAGUUCACAUCUCGUUAGACAUCAGAGAACCCACACAGGAGAGAAAUGUUUCAUCUGCUGUGACUGUGGGAAAAGCUUCAGUGACAAACCAGACAUUCUUAGGCAUAGGAGAAUCCACACAGGAGAGAAACCUUUCAGCUGCUCUGACUGUGGGAAAACCUUUGGGAGGCGCUCCAGUCUUCUAAGUCAUAAGAGAAUCCACACUGGGGAGAAACCCUUCAGCUGCAUUGAGUGUGGGAAAAACUUCAGUAGGCGCUCAAGUCUUCUUAGUCAUGAGAGAACCCAUGCAGGGGAGAAACCUUUUAGCUGCUCUGACUGUGGGAAAAGCUUCAGUAGGAGUUCACAUCUCAUUAGACAUCAGAGAACCCACACAGGAGAGAAACGUUUCAUCUGCUGUGAUUGUGGGAAAAGCUUCAGUGAGAAGUCAGACCUUCUUAGACAUAGGAGAAUCCACACAGGGGAGAAGCCCUUUGAUUGCUCUGACUGUGGAAAAAGCUUCAGUGUGAGGUCAGACCUUCUUAGACAUAGGAGAAUCCACACAGGGGAGAAGCCCUUUGAUUGCUCUGACUGUGGAAAAAGCUUCAGUGUGAGGUCAGACCUUCUUAGACAUAGGAGAAUCCACACAGGGGAGAAGCCCUUUGAUUGCUCUGACUGUGGAAAAAGCUUCAGUGUGAGGUCAGACCUUCUUAGACAUAGGAGAAUCCACACAGGGGAGAAGCCCUUUGAUUGCUCUGACUGUGGAAAAAGCUUCAGUGUGAGGUCAGACCUUCUUAGACAUAGGAGAAUCCACACAGGGGAGAAGCCCUUUGAUUGCUCUGACUGUGGAAAAAGCUUCAGUGUGAGGUCAGACCUUCUUAGACAUAGGAGAAUCCACACAGGGGAGAAGCCCUUUGAUUGCUCUGACUGUGGAAAAAGCUUCAGUGUGAGGUCAGACCUUCUUAGACAUAGGAGAAUCCACACAGGGGAGAAGCCCUUUGAUUGCUCUGACUGUGGAAAAAGCUUCAGUGUGAGGUCAGACCUUCUUAGACAUAGGAGAAUCCACACAGGGGAGAAGCCCUUUGAUUGCUCUGACUGUGGAAAAAGCUUCAGUGUGAGGUCAGACCUUCUUAGACAUAGGAGAAUCCACACAGGGGAGAAGCCCUUUGAUUGCUCUGACUGUGGAAAAAGCUUCAGUGUGAGGUCAGACCUUCUUAGACAUAGGAGAAUCCACACAGGGGAGAAGCCCUUUGAUUGCUCUGACUGUGGAAAAAGCUUCAGUGUGAGGUCAGACCUUCUUAGACAUAGGAGAAUCCACACAGGGGAGAAGCUCUUUGAUUGCUCCAAUAGUGGGAAAAGCUUGUCAGCACUCAACUCUUAAAAAUCAUCGUACAGUUCACACAGGAGAAUCAUAGACUCAUUAAACCAUAGAACACUAGAAUGGAAAGGGACAUUGAGAGGUUAUCAAAUCCUCUUUCCUGUCAUCACAGCAGGACCAAGCACCAUCUUCAUCAUCCCUCAUAGAUGUCUGUCUAACCUGCUCUUAAAUAUCUCCAGUGAUGGGGAUUCCACAAUUUCCCGAGGCACUUUAUUCCAGUGUUUAACCACCCUGAUGGUUAGGAAGUUUUUCCUAAUGUCUAACCUAAACUUCUUUUGCUGCAAUUUAAGCCCAUUGCUUCUUGUCGUAUCAUUAGAGGUUGAGAAUAAUUUUUCUCCCUUCUCCUUGUAACAUCCUUCUAGGGACGUGAAAACUACUAUCACAUGUAGACUGCAGAGUUUUAUAAAGGGUUAUGUAAUGUGCUUCAUGGGUGGUCUGAAAACAAAUGUUAAGCAGCUAUAAUUCUGCCAGCCACCUUUCUCUACUUAGCAGGGAGGAACAGUCUUCUAGGCCCUCAAUAAAGAUAUAUCAGACAAACUGCUUUUGUCUGUAUCUGAUGUCAUAGGAAAAAGAUCAAAAGAAUCCUUUUGUUUCAGCAUGAUCACACUAAUGCUUUUAGAAAUAAUUAGAAUUUAUUUCAGUGUUUCAAUUUAUUUUAGUAUUUACCCAUUCUGACAGGAAGUUUUUCUUAAUGUCCAGUCUAAAUAUUUUAGAUAUUUUAAUUUGAAAUUUCAUGGUGUUUCCUCUAAGGUGCGUACCUGCGUGGCCAUGCACAAAAAAUUCUGAGCCUGCUCACGUCCUUUUCAGAGCCAUACAGCAGCACUUACCUUCCUGGAAGUGAGUGGCGUGGCUGCCUCUGGGGCUGGGGCUGUGUUGGGAGGUGGCUGCCGCCAGGACCAAGGCCAUAUGGUGGGCAGCUAGUGCUGCCUGGGAUUGGGGUUGUGGGGCUGGCGGGCGGCUGCUGCUGCUGGCA